ACGCCCGGUGUGCAAGGCCACGGGCUCCGGCCGGUGCCCUUCAUCGGCCAGAGCUCGUGUCCUCUGUCCUGUUGCCGAGGGCUCUUGUCAGGACGGGCGUGGGUCUCGGCGUCUGGACGGUCACGCGGGCUCCAGCUCUUCGCUGCCGCUGUGGUGAGCCGUGCUGACCUCCGGACGUGGAAGCAGCCUUGGCCGCGCUGUGUCCCCCCUGCUGGUGCUGCCGGCGUGUGUGCCGGUGUCUAGUGGGGGCUCGUGCAGUCGGCCUGUGCUCCGGUCACAUCCUUGUCGAGGCCACACGGCACCCGUGGGCUGGGGACCGUCGGCACUGUUUCUUCUUCCACGGCUGGGCCUUCAGCGUUGUCCUUGUGCGAGUGUCGUAACUGCCGACUCUCCUUCGGCCACGGGGACGGCAGCACGUGGGCCUCGGGCCUGUUGUGUCAGCUCUGCACGGCUUCAUCUUGUCCACGCGGCGCAGACCCUGCGUGUUGACAGAGCCCUCGACCCUGCUGGCGCCUGCUGCCACGGUGGACACUGCCGGCUUUAGGAGUUUCUUUUCUGGGUGAUGGCUUUAUGGAGAUGAAGCACACAUUCCGCACAGCUGACCCGGUAGAGCCCACGGCACCGCGGGGCCCUUGCCAUGUCGCCUGGGAGACAGCUGCAGCCUGCGGUCCAUACCUCCCCGAGGGUCCGUCCAUCUCUGCGGUCCGUCCCUCUCUGCGAUCUGUCCGUCUCCGUGGGUCUGUCCAUCUCCCUGGGUCCGUCUCCGUGGGUCUGUCCUUCUCCGUGAGUCUGUCCAUUUCUGCGCUCCGGUUGUGUCCACAGGUCCGUCCGACUCCGUGGUCUGUCCUGGGUGUGGCAGGGAGCUGCAGGCCGGCCUUCUGGCUGUGGGAGGCUCGUGUGUGGAUGCAGCCUGCAUGUCCGAGGGUGAACGUGUAUGUGCUGGGGAAGACCUUCCUCCUCCUGGCAAGAGAGCUGUGCAUCAACGCGCCGGCAAUAGAUCCGUGUCUCUACAUCCCGCGCUUUGCUCACCUGCUGGAGUUUGGAGAGAAGAAUCACGAGGUGUCCAUGACAGCCCUGAGGCUCCUGCAGCGCAUGAAGAGAGACUGGAUGCACACUGGCCGGCGCCCCUCGGGCCUCUGCGGGGCAGCACUUCUGGUUGCGGCCAGGAUGCAUGAUUUCCGGAGAACCGUCAAAGAGGUCAUCAGCGUGGUCAAGGUGUGUGAGUCCACACUGCGCAAGAGGCUGACGGAGUUUGAGGACACGCCCACGAGCCAGCUCACUGUGGACGAGUUCAUGAAGAUCGACCUGGAGGGGGAGUGCGACCCCCCAUCAUACACCGCCGGGCAGCGGAAGCUACGCAUGAAGCAGCUCGAACAGGUCCUGUCCAAGAAACUGGAGGACGUCGAAGGUGAGAUCUCCAGCUAUCAGGACGCCAUCGAGAGCGAGCUGGAGAACAGCCGGCCGAAGGCCAAGGGGACCCUCGCCAGCCUGACCAGAGACGGCUCCGUGGAGGACUCUGCGUCCAGCUUGUUUGGCGAGGAGGACCCCGAGGACGAGGAGCUGCAGGCCGCCGCCAGCCACCUCAACAAGGACUUCUACCGGGAGCUGCUUGGCGCCGGCGUCUCCUCCAGCUCUGGAGAGGCAGGAGGCCCCGAGGGGGGCAGCCGACCCCCCGCCCUGGAGUCCCUGCUCGGCCCCCUGCCCACGGCGGCCAGCCUGGGCAUCUCGGACUCCAUCCGGGAGUGCAUCUCCUCCCAGAGCCAGGAGCCCAAACCCGACCCAAACGCUGCGGCCCUGUGCUUCCCCGUAGCCGGUGCGCGUGGGGACGGAGAGCUGGACCUCAGCGGCAUCGACGACUUGGAGAUUGACAGGUACAUCCUGAACGAGGCGGAAGCCCGCGUGAAGGCCGAGCUGUGGAUGCGGGAGAACGCCGAGUACCUGCGGGAGCAGAGAGAGAAGGAGGCGAGAAUCGCGAAGGAGAAGGAGCUGGGGAUCUACAAGGAGCACAAGCCCAAGAAGUCCUGUAAGCGACGGGAGCCCAUCCAGGCCAGCACAGCUGGGGAGGCCAUCGAAAAGAUGUUGGAGCAGAAGAAGAUCUCCAGCAAGAUCAACUACAGCGUGCUCCAGGACCUCAACAGCAAGGGCGGGGGCAGCCUGCGUGGGGGCGGCGCGCAGCCCCAGGAGCGGGCCGGCGCCCGGAAGCUGUCUCGGAGGAAGACGCCCGCAGGCAGGAGUGGGGCUGACCCCGUGAGCAGCGUGGGGAAGAGGUUGCGGCCGAUGGUGUCCACCCAGCCAGCCAAGAGGGCAGCUGUAGGGGAGACCUUGCUCCUGAGCUCACCCAGCCUGGGAGCCGAGCCCGUCAGGCCCACAGCGGUGGUGGAGAGUGGGCCUGUGUCCUACCCCCCCGAGGAGGACCCCGACGAGGAGGACCCCGACGAGGAGGACGGAGAGCCCUGCGUCAGCGCCCUGCAGAUGAUGGGCAGCAGCGAUUACGGCUGUGACGGCGAGGAAGACGAAGGCUACUGAGCCGCAGCCCGCACCACACAGCUCCGCACCUCUGCGGCACUUGCUGCCGGGACCCCGUCUGGAGCACCGUGAGGGGCGUUUGCCCGGCAAGGGGACUGGGCCGGUGUCUGCGCGUCUGGUCCGAUGUGGGUCUCAUGGCCCAGGAACCUUGGCAGGCGGCACCGUCCUGCCCCACGGGAGGACACUGAGGCAUGAGGAGGCCCACUCUGGGAAGUGAGUGCUGGACUCACUGCCCCUGCGGAGCUGGGGGCCUCGGCCCCACCCUUCCCGGGCUGAGAAGUGCUGCACCCAGCCUUCCCACCGCCGUGUCUCCAGCCGGACCGGCCUCUCCUGCACUGGGCAUGGCCCAGCCGCCGGUGACCUGAGCCAGCAGUGCUCUCCACAGAUGAGGGACCGUCCGUGCCCAGAGGCCGUGGGGUUGCCCUGUGCAGCCUGUGCGGCUGGCCUGACCCUGCCCCGAGCCGGAGUCAGGAGAGCGGGGUCUUGUUUGAGCGGGGCCUGGCUCAGUCUGUAGACAGAUGGCAGACCGAGCGUCCUGGCCGCACCACUGCCCUCCCGUCCAGCUAGGGGCCCAGCCCCGCCACUUGAAGGCCCAGGGACCACUCUGAGGGCCUCAGUGUGGACAUCGCUGUUCUGGACAUGGCCAGGGAGACAGGGCAGGAACUCCUGUCCCUCGAGGCCAUAGCCUCGGCCCCCCUGACAGCAGCCAAGCCAGGCCAUAUCGCCUGCCCAGGGCUCAGCCCUCUGUGUCCAGGCUGGAGUGUGGCCGAGUCUGCAGCAGGGAAUCUUGAGGUCCUUGGCUGCACCCGUCCUGGGUUCGGAAGAGCCAGAGCGGGCUGUGCGGUCGGUGGGACAGGAAGACCUACCUGCGCAGACACCCACUGAGGCUGUGGCCUGGACUUCCCGGCCGGGCUCCGUGGCCGGCCCCGGAGGAGGGAGGCCGCAGCAGGGCACCUGGCCCGUGGGGGUGGGAGAGGCACAUAGCAGGGCCCUGGCCCCAUUGUCAGAAGCACGGUGGGGACGUGGCUCGGGCUUCAUCCUCACCCCCCUCACGCCCACCCCCGUAAGAAGUGCCUGAGCCUGUGUGUGGUGUGGGUUGUCCCGGCCGAGGCCCCUCAUGGGAGGGAGGACUGAGCCGCAGCGGCUCUUUAGGGAGCCCCAGGCACCGGCUCUGAGGUGUUUGCUGUGCCGUUCAGGGACAGGACCCCCAUGUGGAGGGGUAGCUGUGGCUUUGGAAGUGACCAGGUCACCUUCUGGGACCCAGGGCCGCCGGUGCGGCAUGGUGUACGUGGCAGGCUUCGAGACAGGGCUCAGUGAGGGGGAGGCGCCUCCGCUGGGAGCCGGGGCCAGAGCGGGUGUCCCGGCAGAGGCUAGUGGGAAAGCUGCACCUGCAAAGCAGGGGAGGGAGGGGGUCCCACGGGGCGUCGGCAGGGGAAGGGGUUUGAGAGAAGAGGCAGGCGCUCAGGGUGGCCGAUGGGGCCGAGGCCCGGAGGCGAGGGGACUUCAUGGGGAGGAGGCCCGGGGAGGCUGCAUGGGCCGGUGGGGCUCUUGGCACGUGAGGUCUGGGGGCGGAUGGCAGCGAGCGGGAGUCUGGCUGAAGCAGGAAGGGUCAGGCUCCUACAUGGCUUGGAGAGGGGUCAGGUUAGAAGAGCUGGUGAGAAGGACUGUCCCCCGAGAGGGUGUGGUGUGGAGGGGCAUGUGGGGUAUUCAUGCUUGAGUGGUGGUCAAGGUGCUGGUCAGGGGCAAGGCCCAGGCUAGCAGCCGGUAGGGUCCCUCUGGGCCACGGCCCGUAUCCUGUGUGCCAGCCACCACGGCCACAUGUGUGGGCUUGAGGGGGACACGCAGGCCUGUCUGCGCCUGUCCCACAUCUGCGGUUACGGCUGCCGCGGCUAGGACAGGACCUCAGACCCCCACUUCACCUGCUGACCUGUGUUCUUGCGGGGUGGGCGGCAGGAAUGGGCACCCUAGAGGCUUGGAGAGCCUGGGCGCCUGGGCCAGGGAGAGGGCCAGGGCCUUUGGGAGCCCUCGGUCCAAGGUCCAAGGGUCAGUGUCCCUGAGAUGCUCCAAGGGCCAGGGGCCUGACUCAGGCCGGGUCCAGCCCCGAGGAGGAGCAUCGGGCAGCAGCCGGAGCACACGUCCCCCCAGCUGCAUGCCAUUGCCUGCUGGUGAGACUGCUUCCAGCCUGGGCUCCGCGGCACUCCCUGCGGGCGGGAUGCGUGCGGGCCGCCUGCCGGCUUGGACGGCACCACGGGAGGUCAAAGGGCACAGGCGCUGGCGUGUUGGGGGCCUCCCUGGGCCGUGUCCUGACAGCCAGCUCCCUUCUGAGUGCCGAGGCCUGGCCAGCGACCACAGGCUCGUCCUGAGAAGGGCACACGGCGGAGCCAGGGGAGGUGGUGAGGGGGUUCUCAGAGCCCUGGACACCUGUCUGUGCUGACCGUCUGAGGAGCCCAUGUCUGCCCGCUGGCAUGCCCGUGCCCAUCCCUGAGCCUGCAGAGCUGGAACCCGAGGCCAGCACGCAAGUGAGGCUGGGGUCCCUGUGUGGGGGUCCCAGGCAGCAAGCAGGCACGUCCAGCCCCGCGGGCCAGCGGGUCCCCUCCCCGUGUCCUGUAGGGAGGGCUCGCGCACUGGUGGAGCGGGACGGGCGAACCAGCGCCAGCCUGGACGGAGGGCAGCGCGCAAGGACACACCUGUCCCCGCGCAGCUGUGCAUGUCCCCACGUGUGCCGCCCUCGUGCUUGUGUGUGCAGCUCCCUGCGCCACACGCAUGUCACACACACCAUCUGCAGCUACCGGACCCCUCCUUUCUGGGUGCCAGGCCCCGGCAGGCAGGUGGGCUGCAGUGGGGCUGUGGCCCGAUGGGGCCUGCUCCCCAGAGAGGAGGGUCACCCAAGACCCAGGGCUCGUGUCUGCGUGCAGCACCCGCUGGUUGCCCAUCCCACCCCAAGCCGUGGGGCCUAUACCUCCUAUCCCCGAGCCCUGGGGGUGGAGCCACAGUUACCCUCUGACAGGGCUGCAGCGGGCAGCUGGGCCAUGGCUCCUCCGAGGAUGGGGCCAGGUCUGCAGCGGCACCCAGCCCGCCAGCACACUGCCUGGUGCCUCCUCGGCCGUUCCGGGGUGUCCCAGGCAGGCAGCGGGGCCCGGAGGGCGGGAAGAGCUGGGCAGGGGGAGGCUGGGAGGAGUGCUCUCCAGAGCUGUCCCUGGUGACUGACAUCUGUGCAGUGGCUCCAAAAGGCCUCCCUCCCACACCUGUCCGACCUGCUGGCCACUGUCACCAGUAACCAUGGGCACACCAGCCUGCUCAUUCUCCAGCCUCGUGUGUACUGGGCCCACACAACCCGCCCCCCGCCAGGUGCCCUCCUCCGGCCCCACGGUGGCUUCCGGCUUGUUCACGGCCCGAGCAGGAGGUGGGACUGGCGGCCGUCCGUGGGUACCAGCGCAGCCCAAGGGCAGUGGGCUCUGGGGAGGAGGGGCAGGGGUUGGGUAUCCCCCAGGGACUGAGGUCCCCGGGGCAGUGUCUGCUCUGUCCGGGGCUGCCUCCAAUGCGUCCGGCUCAGGGAACCCAGCGGGAGCCCCAUGGGGUCUGCUGGGGUGAGCACCUCCCCUUGGCCAUCCCGGAACUGGGCAGCAACACCUCUGUCCGCCGCCUUCUCCUCCCAGGGUCACAGUGUCCCCCUCCGUCCACCUCUGGGAGGUUGCAGCCCUGACAGACUGCGUGGUGGGGAGGCGCUGGCAGGUGCGAGGCUGGCAGUGCGGGGUGGCCGUUGCGGGUAUGGGUGCCCAGUCCUUUGUGGAUGCAGCUGGGGCCUGGGCACCCCAAGGCUGCAGACAGUCCAGCCGGGCUCUCAGGGACUUGGACUGCAGAGCACACAUGCAGCCGCCGGGGGACGGGCCCGGCCAAGUGUCCUGGGCCUCUGCUCAGCUUCCCUGCCCCCUGGCGGCCACUUGCGCACCGUCGGGCGCUACCUUGGGAACGCUGUAUUCCCCGAGUAAUAAAGACUAGAAGCCUCCAA